AUGGAUACCUGGUCCUCAAAUGUAGAAGUCGAUUCGACUGUCGGUACUGUGUCGCUUGGUAUGGUGGUUAUUGAUGAGAUCCACUUACCAACACGAUCGCCUUUGAUUGACGUAGCGGGGGGCUCGGGAGCCUACGCAACGCUUGGGAGCCGCCUGUUCAAGACCCCUGCGCGAUCGAAGACGGUGGGCUGUCUGGCUCUUGUGGGCUACGACUUUCCCGAUGCUGUGCGAGAGCAGCUACAGGCCUGGCGGACCACUCUGCACGUAAAUGUCUCGCAGGACAGACUGAGCACCAGAGGGCUUCUUGAGUACGAAGACGACACAUUUGGACCUAAGAAUGUAUGGCUUCCGCCAUACUACGAAUCAUCGGCGGUCAAGGUUGUCGAUCCUACUGGAGGUGGCAACACAUAUCUAGGCGGGUUUAUUGCAGGCUUGAAAGCAUCAGGAGAUAUCACUGAAGCAUCUAUGUAUGGCAACGUGGCUGCAAGUUUUGCUAUCGAGCAGAUCGGUUUGCCUUCUUGUGAGGUGAGCGAUGGUGAAGAGAUGUGGAACGGCACUCAUGUAAUGGAGCGUCUUUCUGAGUACAGAGAGAGGCUCAGCUUCACAAGCAAGAAGUGA